UCACGCUUCGCCACGUAUACUCCCUCUUGCUCAUGCUCUGUCCCCCGUCCUGUACGCUUUCCCUCUGAUCCUCUCGUCGAUGCAAACCAGUGAAAUUUUGGCUCUUAAUAGCUUUCACCAUGGUUCUUCAAUUCAAUAAGAUCACGUUUUCUCUCUCUGAACCUUCGUUCUGAUAUUUCGAAGUAUGAAAUUUGCGAUUUUGCAUUGUGGGUUUUCUUGGAUUUGAAAGAUGAAUGUGAUAUGAAGGUGGUGGCGCAGGGUUUGUGAAAGGAAAUUUUUGUUCCCUUUGGUUUUGGUUUUGGUUUUUUCUUGCUUUUUGUGGGGUUUUGACAGGAUGUCUCAUAGUUCUGAUACAAGGAGAGAAAUCCCACCUGGGAUUUUGCUUAUUAGAAGCAUUAGAGGCAAAGAUUGGAGUCUUUCUACAUAUAGAUAUGUGAUUUUGCUUGUUACUUUCAUAGCUUAUGCAUGUUACCAUGCUUCAAGAAAACCCAGUAGUAUAGUGAAAAGUGUUUUGUAUCCUGAUCCCAACAAAGGCACAGGCUUAGGCUUGGACCCCUUGUUUGGCAGGGUUUUUGUUAAGGAAGAGUUUGGAGGAAAUGGGAAUUAUAGGUUGAAAGAGAAAGGUUGGGCUCCGUUUAAUGGAACCGACGGGACGUCGAAGUUGGGAGAGAUUGAUGUUGCAUUUCUUGCAUGUUACUCUUUGGGAAUGUAUGCUGCUGGGCAUUUGGGAGAUACAUUGGACCUCCGGUUGUUCUUGACAGCCGGGAUGAUUGGGAGUGGCAUUUUUGUUGCACUAUUUGGGAUGGGAUACUUCUGGAAUGUUCAUGUGUUUGGUUUUUAUCUUGGGAUGCAAAUGGUUGCUGGGUUAUUCCAAGCAACUGGGUGGCCUUCGGUUGUUGCUGUGAUUGGUAAUUGGUUUGGAAAAGGGAAGAGGGGUUUGAUUAUGGGUAUAUGGAAUGCACAUACUUCCAUUGGGAAUAUUAGUGGCUCACUUCUUGCUGCUAGUGUUCUGGACUAUGGGUGGGGUUGGUGUUUUAUAGUUCCAGGUGCUUUUAUUGCAGUGGGAGGUGUAAUGGUUUUCUUCUUCUUGGCUCCAUAUCCUGAGGACAUUGGAUUUUCUUUCCCACAAGGUUCACCUUCUGAUUUGGAGGCAAACCCUAAGGACGAAGAAGCUAAUGUAAGAAAAGAAACUACAGAGGAAGAUGAAACACAAACUAUUAACCGAGCUGGGUCUGUGAGCAGGACAAGUGUUGGGCUUCUUGAAGCUUGUCUAAUACCAGGAGUUAUACCCUUUGCGCUGUGCCUCUUCUUCUCAAAGCUUGUGGCCUACACGUUUCUGUACUGGCUGCCAUUUUACUUAAGUCAGACAGAAAUAGGAGGAGAAUAUGUUUCUGUAAAAUCUGCUGGAAACCUCUCCACUUUGUUCGAUGUAGGGGGCAUAGUUGGUGGAAUCCUUGCUGGCUACAUAUCUGAUAAACUUAAUGCUCGAGCGACCACAGCAGCCAGCUUCAUGUGUGCUGCAAUUCCAGCAAUGCUUUUAUAUCGCAGAUAUGGCAGUAUUUCACACAAUAUCAACAUUGUGCUUAUGAUGGUUGCUGGCUUGUUUAUUAAUGGGCCCUAUGCACUUAUCACCACUGCGGUAUCUGCAGACCUUGGUACGCACAGUUCGCUUAGAGGGGAUUCUCGAGCACUGGCAACAGUUACUGCCAUAAUUGAUGGUACUGGAUCAGUUGGUGCAGCUUUUGGCCCUCUUCUUACUGGUUUCCUUUCAACAAAGGGAUGGGAUGCAGUAUUUGUGAUGUUAAUGAUUUGUGCUCUUAUUGCGGCACUUCUUUUAUCACGUUUGGUUAUGGCUGAAAUUGCUGAGAAGACUUGCAAACAAGUUCCUGUAUCCGGUGGGCGACAAAGUUUCGGAGCUCCUGCAUCCCAACCACUUCUAAGUGAUCGACGAUGAUACUAAGGGAUGCCCUCAAGAAGCUUCAUCAUAUGCCGGAAAUCAUGAAAAACAAGCUUCAUUAUGUUGAUAAAUUCAAGCACAACUUGUAGGUGAUAAUUUGUGGUCUUGAGAAACAAAUUUCUUUGGCCAUAUUACAAAACGAAACAUAAGCAUCAGUUUACGUCAAAGCUGAAAGGCUUCAGAAGUAGAGCUUUUUAAGCACCCAUUUUGGUGUUCAUUUUCUGUAAUAUAUGCAAAAUAAUAAGCAGUUUUAGAUUUUGCUUACUUUGGGUAAUUGCUGUCCAAUCUGGGUGAAUUUUGUUUACAGAUAAUGCUGAAGAUAGAAUUCAAUGUUUUCCAUA